AUGAAGCUCCUCAAGAUCCUCGUUGCAUUCCUCAUCAGCAUCCUCGCUGUGGCCGUGGCGCUCUCCUUCCCUCAUCGCAUCUCUCCCUUGCCUAUUCUUCUCAUACUCUAUACGACCAUCACCACGCCACUUUCACGCACCGGCCCCACCAUGUUUCUCGACGUUACUAUUGCCAUCUACUGCCGCUUCUGCACGUGCUACCCGCUUUGGUUCUUCCUCGUGUACACGUUGUGGACGCGGUGGCUGAGUGAACAGCGAAUGGCCGGCGGAGAACAGAGGCGGGCGCCCCGGCAGAGAGCGGGGAGUCGUCCCGCGAGGUCAAACCGUUCACAUGUUACCGCUCAGGGUGGGCAGAGCGAUGCGCAAAGCCCAUCUGCAGCCCCUCGCGAAACCACCUCAGCGGUGACCAGAGGUCAAGAUCGAGAUGUCGAUAUGCCAGAUGUGGAUGUGGAGGAUGUCGAUAUGCCAGAUGCAGAUAUGCACGCUCCUGCCACAGCGGAGGAAGACCACGAGGCAGAAUCCAGCGCGCGCCUCGCCGCGGUCUCUCGUGGCGGUGCCGGCGUCGCGGGACGGGAACAAGACCUGCAGUUCCGUCUCCCCGGUUCUUCGUUUUCUGCCAGGGCUCAACUUCCCUCUCUCUUUGCUGGACCCACACUCUUGAAGGACGCUCGCACUUUAUCGGAGACCGCGUCCUCUUCUGCUCCCGACGCCGACGCUCAAUCCACAUCGUUCUCCGCGCCGUCUACCGCUCAAACCGCCGCCGCCGACCUCGCACUGAUCAAAAUCCCGCGCAACGUCGGACCGCGCCUUCUGGCCAGCAGGAAGCGAGCUCGUGAUGCGACUUCUGUGCCGCCCGGAUCGCCGUCCAGAACAUCGUCAUCAUCAUCGCAAUUGACUGCAACGAGAUCAUCAACCGCAGCAGCAUCCACAAUAUCAACGGCUGAGUCGAUAGAGACAGCUUUACCACCCGCGGCGGACACGGCGCUCGUACUCUACCAGUUCCGCCUCAACAUGCCGGGCUCGGACUUCAACCCGGAGCACGAACCGGCUGCAAAGAGACUCUGCACAGACAGGAACUCAACCGCGGGGUCCCGAGCUCCCUUUGUGAGGAAGAGCACGAAUGUGCACGGCUGCUAA